AUAGUGAACUCUUCAAACACAUGCUUACUGUUAAACAUUCAUAGGAAUGAAUGUCUGAUUGUGAUAUUACACAGGGUGAAGCAGGAGAACCUGGACCAAAGGGAGAACAGGGAGCUCAAGGUGCCGAGGGAACACCAGGAGACAAGGGAGAUGUUGGUGACCCUGGCCAACCUGGAGCAAAAGGAGAAGGAGGUAACCAGGGGGAUCCGGGUAACAGAGGACCACAGGGUGCCCGUGGGCAUUGAGGGGCAUCCUGGUAGUCCUGGACCACGUGGCAUGCAGGGGAACAGAGGAGCUCCAGGACCUCGUGGCACCCAGGGACCAGCGGGUAAAGAACCAAGUGAUCAACACAUCAGACAAGUGUGCAUGCGUGUUAUGCAAGAGCAGUUGGCCCAACUGGCUGACAGUCUGAGGAGACCAGAGUCUGGCGCGGUCGGACUGCCAGGCAGACCCGCUCGCCCUGGUCCUUCUGGACCCCAAGGUGACAGUGGCUUUCCUGGGCAUGCUGGUGCUAGAGGGCUCCCGGGACUCAAAGGGCCUCUGGGACUUAUUGGUCUCAAGGGGCCGAAAGGUGAACCUGGAAAACCCAGAUACGGUCAAGAUGGGCGUGAUGGAGAACGGGGGCCACCUGGUGCCCUGGGUCAACCAGGCGUUCCUGGACCUCCUGGUACAGCCGGACCACCUGGUUACUGCGAUCCUUCGGCCUGAAAUCUGAGCGCAGGUGCCGCCCACCAGUCCUUCAAAGACUCUAGCAUGAAGGGACCAGUUGGAAACUAAAAACAGCACUGUUCCGGACAUUCAGAGAGACUCCGCUACAGCUCUGCAGAAAGCACAAAACAAUAUUGCCUUCGCAGAUAAUUUUACAGCUGUAAUGCU